AGGGAAGGGAAAGGGAAAGGGGAUGGAGGAAGUUCUCGUGAAUGAAGGGAUCGGAACUUUCCUUUUCGCGCUGAAUCCUCACAUUUAGCUUUUGGGGACAUACACACUCACACACACACACAUACACAGAGACACGCACGCAGACACAUACAUACAAAUUACCAGAGAGAGCCACAUAAAGAAGAAGAAGAAGAAGAAGAAGAAGAAGAAGAGGAAGGGGUGGAGAGAGAGAGAGAGAGAGAGAGAGAGAGUUCCUUUAGAGAGAGAAAGAGAGUCAAGUCUCCCCCAUUCUAUCUAUUCUAUGAAUGAAACGAAACCUUCAUUAAAGUCGAGCUCUCUCUCUUUGCUUCCUUCCAUUUCGUUCCUCUCGUUGUAAGAAAGAAAGAAGCAAGCAGCAGCUCUGCAACCCCUCCUCCUUCAUCCCUUUAUUGAAGAAGAAAUUCUGCAACCCACCCUUCUUCUUCGUCUUGCUUCUGUUGGGUUGAUAAAUGCGAAAAUUCCCCCAAUUUGGAGUCUGGAAUUCCCAUCUCCCACCUCAAAAUCGGAACUUGAUUUCUGGGUCUUGAUUGGAUUUCGGAUUGGGAGGGAGAGGCCCACUGGGGGAAUUCAGCGAUUUGGAUUUGGUUUUGAUUUGAUUGGGUUGUCGGUUGCUGUGAGAUGAGAGCCGGUCUAAGCACGAUCCAGCAGACCCUCACCCCGGAGGCGGCGGGCGUUCUCAACCUCUCGAUUGCGGAGGCUGCCCGGCGCAACCACGGCCAGACCACGCCCCUUCAUGUGGCGGCCACCCUCCUCGCCGCCCCCUCCGGGUUCCUCCGCCAGGCCUGCAUAAAGUCCCACCCCAACUCGUCCCACCCGCUCCAGUGCCGCGCCCUCGAGCUCUGCUUCAGCGUGGCCCUCGAGCGGCUACCCACCGCUCAGGGCUCCACCCUCGAGCCCCCCAUAUCCAACGCCCUCAUGGCUGCCCUCAAGCGCGCCCAGGCCCACCAGCGUCGAGGCUGCCCUGAGCAGCAGCAGCAGCCCCUCUUGGCGGUCAAGGUCGAGCUCGAGCAGCUCAUCAUAUCAAUCCUCGAUGACCCCAGCGUGAGCAGAGUCAUGCGAGAGGCCAGCUUCUCUAGCCCUGCGGUCAAGGCCACGAUCGAGCAGUCCCUGAAUUCGACCGCCCCUCCACCUCCUGGGGCCAGCCCCGCCUCCGUUGGACUAGGUUUCCGCCCCUCGGUGCCUACCCGCAACCUGUACUUGAACCCCCGGCUACAGCAGCAGCAGGGGAGCACCACCUCCGCCACAGGGGCUGCUGCGGCAGGGCCACAGGCAGUGCACCAGCGGAGCGAGGAUGUCAAGAAGGUCAUCGAGAUCUUGUCGAGGUCAAGGAAGAGGAAUCCGGUUUUGGUCGGGGAAUCUGAGCCUGAGGCAGUAGUGAGGGAACUAGUGAAGAGAAUUGAGGCCAAAGAAGUGAAGGACGAGGCGCUCCAGAAUGUCCAAGUGAUCUCCCUCGAGAAGGAGUUCGGUUCAGAUAAGUCGAAGAGGCUCUCAAGACUGAAGGAAUUGGGGGAUUUGGUGGAAGCCCGGAUGGUGAGUGGCGGGAUAAUUCUCGAUUUCGGGGACUUGAAGUGGCUGGUGGAGCAGGCUGCAGCAGGUUUUGGAUCGGCAGGUCCAAUACCAGGCCAGCCACCGCCACGGCAGGUGGUUUCGGAGGUAGCGAGGGUGGCAGUGGCAGAAGUUGCAAAGCUUCUGGAAAGAUUCAGAGAAGAUGGUAAUGGUAGUGGUGGUCGGGUUUGGUUGAUUGGUACCGCUACUUGCGAGACUUACAUGAGGUGCCAAGUACAUCACCCUUCAAUGGAGACUGAUUGGGAUUUGCAGGCAGUUCCCAUUGCUGCCCGAGCACCCCUUCCUGGGUUGUUCCCAAGGUUAGGAACAACUGGAAUACUGGGCAACACAGUCGAAUCCCUAUCCCCGCUAAAGAACUUCUCCAGUACGAUCUCUAAUCCUUCAUCGAGACGUCUUUCUGAGAAUCUGGACCCUACCCGAAAAACAAGCUGCUGCCCGAAAUGCACUCAGGGUUAUGAACAGGAGCUAGCGAAACUCAAAACCACAGAAACAGAGAAGUCCUCCCCUGAAGUGAAGUCGGAGCCAGCGGCCCGACCUGCCUUACCCCAGUGGCUGCAAAAUGCCAAGGUCCACCCGACUCAGGGGAAGGAUGAAGAAAUAGUAUCGAAUCAGAGGAUUCAAGAGUUGCAAAAGAAAUGGAACGAGACGUGCCGCUGCUCCCAUCCUCAUUUCCAUCAACCACUCAUUGGGCCCGAGAGAAUCAACCCAACUCCCUUCUCUAUGACAGGCCUUUACACCCCGAACCCACUCCUGCGACAGAAUCUCGAGCCCAAGUCUCCGCUUCUGCACAAGAGUUUGAAUGUGGAGGUUCAGACCCAGACUCCAUUACUGAAGCCGAACCCGAUGAUGCAAAAUCAUCCCACUCUGCAGGUUCCAAGCUCUCCGGGAAGCCCUGUGAGGACGGACCUGGUUCUAGGCCGAACAAAGGCCACCAAGGAGCCUACCCUCGAGAAGCCAGCCCAGAAAGAGGGCCUCAGAGAUUUCUUGGGAUGCAUAUCCUCAGGGUCGCCUAAGAAGGUUUAUGAGUUCCACUACGAGAAGUUAAUGAGCAUUUCCGACACGGACUCAUUCAAGAAGCUCCUGAAAGGCCUGGCAGAUUCUGUGUGGUGGCAAAGGGAUGCGGCCUCUGCUGUGGCCACUAUUAUGAACCGCAGCAAGCUUGGGAAUGCGAAGAGGAGAAGUAUCGAGUCCCGGGGUGACCUCUGGAUACUAUUUGCGGGUCCCGAUCGAGUUGGGAAGAAAAAGAUGGGGUCUGCCCUGUCAGAGCUGGUCUGUGGCGCUGCCCCAAUCACAAUCUCCUUCGGAUCAAGGCGAGAAAAUGACCUAAACUUCCGUGGGAAGACGGCCCUUGAUCGGAUUGCUGAGGGAGUGAGGAGGAACCCCUUCUCAGUGAUCAUUCUUGAGGAUGUGGAUGAAGCUGAUGUGCUGGUUCGGGGAAGCAUCAAGCGAGCCAUGGAGAGGGGCAGGAUCGCCGAUUCACAUGGAAGGGAAAUUAGCCUUGGGAACGUGACUUUUAUUCUCACCGUGAAUUGGGUGCCCGAUAAUGUCAAGUUUGCCACUAAAUUGGACUCUUCCUUCGAUGAAGAGAAGCUCGCAGGCUUGGCCCAAGAAGGCUGGCGGUUAAAGCUCUCAGUCUCCGAGCGGACCGCAAAGAGGCGUGCCAGUUGGUUACAUGACGUCAACAUGGCUGUGAAGCUGAGGAAGGAGAUGGGCAAUGAUGCUGCCAUGGGAUUUGACCUUAAUGAGGCUGCAGAUUAUUUGGAUGAUCGGACAGAUGGUUCGCGCAAUUCGAGUGAUAUCACGGUGGAGCACGAGUACGAUCAUGGACUCGAUAAUAGGUUAUCUUCCACGUCCUUGGUGUACCGCGAGCUCCUAUGCAACGUGGAUGACUCAGUUAUAUUCAAGCCUGUGGGCUUGGCAUCCCUCCGGGAAGAUAUAGCGAGCUCAAUAUCAAGCAAGAUCUCUUCGGUGUUUGGGGAUCGCAUUUCGGUCGAAGUAGAGGGGGAAGCGCUGGAGAGGAUCCUUGGGGGGGUUUGGCUGGGUAGGACAGGGCUAGAGGAGUGGAUGGAGAGCGUUCUCAUCACGAGCUUUGACCAGCUAAAGGCACGACUGUCCUCCAGAGGGGACACGAGGCGGGACGAAUCAAUGGUGGUGAGGCUCGAGUGCGAUGGGAGCACGGAUCCUCGGGGAUAUGGAGAAUGGCUGCCCCGACGGGUCGAGGUGGCGGUUGACGGGUUGUGAAUUUCUUUUUCCUAGUUUUUAUUAUUAUUUUUUUUUUUGGGGGGUUAUUAUAGGGGGUGUAAAUACAGUGAAAAGCCUUUGUAUUUUGGGGGGAGCCUAAAGAAGGAAAAGGAAGAAUCAGUGUCAAGGAGAAAAAAGGGAUAAUGUUUGAUUCAACAGCCUAGGCAAUGUUUCUUUCUAUUUUUGUUUUUCUUUUUCCCUUUGGUUUUUCUUUUUAAUUUUCUUUUGGGGGAAAAUAGAUGAUUAUACUAAUUCUAUUGUAGCCAUCAUGUUUAUUAAAUUACAUAGACAAGAUGAUCAAUAAGGUGAGGUAUUCCUCCUAAUUUUACCAUUUUAUCUCA